UUAAUUUUCGCGUUUCAAUUACGAGCCACCCUACAGGUGGUAUCAAGUUCGCUUAUUUGCAAAAUUUUUGCUCAUACUCACGUACCUACGCUUACAAUGAGACGAAAAAUAUUCGCUGUACUGCAGAUUUUGGUGAUUUUGAUAACCAAGAGUACAUGCUGCAAUGAGCCUACACCUGCAUCUGCCCCUGCCCCUGCACUAGCUCCUACGAACGACCUAGCACCAGCAAAUAGACCAAAUUCUGCGAAUGGCCCCGCACCAACUGCUAUUAUUCCUGCCGACAAAUAUCCUACUCCAAGAAGGGAUGAGUCAGUCGAGGAUACAUACCCCGGAUGUACCAAAAUCAAGGACCCAUACAGAUGGAUGGAAAAUCUUAAUUCUACUGAAACCAAAGAAUUCAUAAAACAAGAGAAUGAUCUAAGCAAGGAUUACUUGGGGAAAAGCCCGUUUCGAACCGAAUUACUAGCUCGCUAUAAAGAAUUGAGAGAUUAUCCGUCAGUCUGGGGUCCCUUUCAAGUAGGCAAAUAUUUCUUCACUUUUCGAAAUACUGGCUCGCAAACACAGUACGUGAUUUACAAAUCAAAUUCAGUCAAUGACGUGGGAACAGUAUUUUUUGACCUGAAUACACUCAGCAAUGAUGAUUCUCUCAUUAUGGAUUAUUAUGCUUUCACCAAUGAUGGAGAAAUUUUUGCGUACUUGGUGACCAAUAGUGAAUCAGAUGGAACUGCGAGCGAAGUGUCCUUCAAAAACACGGGAAAUGGCGAGGUUUUAAAUGAGAAGUUGGUAAAUGUCACAUCUUCAAGCAUAUCAUGGUCACUGGACAAAAAGGGAAUAUUUUAUAUUGUCACAGCUGGUAAAGGAAAGGAUCCUGAGGACCCUUCGGAUGAUCCACAAAAACUAUACUAUCACUUCAUGGGAACUACCCAGUGCAAAGACAUUGUUGUAGCAGAAUUUCCAGAUCAUCCCGAGUACUCUAUGUAA